AUGAGACUCUUGGCUAUUUUUCUCUUAUUUUGCGUGAUUUUGCAAGUUUCGGAAUCAGUUCAUCGUGUCAGAAAAGUCGUAAGAAAUGGAAAUGGGAUACGACGUGCAGUGAAAGAUGAAGAAGAUAUUCUAGAUAUUGAAGCCGCUGAAUUGAUAUUCAAGGAGAAGGGGUUGAACAAAGCACCUUUCAGUGUUUCAGAGAAAAAAGUUGUUGAAACUGAGAAACCUGAAAUUCCGGUGAGUUUCUGAAAAAAUUAUAAAUGUCUAGAAAAGAUAAUUUCACUAAAAAAAUACAUAAAAUGGCAAAUUUUUCAUUUCUAUCCAAAAACCUUAUUGAAGUCCAAAAACCUUAUUAAUAGUGAAGAUUUUUUUAAAUACAGUACUACUUGAAAAAUGUUCAUUUUUUGUGGUAUUUUUACCAAGCCCUAACUUUCUCUGAAAAAGUUGAAAUAUUAUAGCCAAAUUAUUUAAUUUUUCUCUUCCAAAAUUUCAAAUUAUCAUUAUCUCCAAAAUCAUUUCCAAAAUUUCAGAUUAAAAAUGAUCCAUUUGCAAGUCCAAAUUCAGAUGUGCAAAGAACUGAACCAAAAAUAGAAAAACCGGUGAGUUACCGAAGAAAAAGUUGAAUCGAAUCAGAGGGUUUCUGGAAGUUCAAGAUUUUUGAGAAUAGCAUUUAUCUAGUGAUUUUCGAAUAUAUUUUUUGUGGUUCAAUUCCGAAAACUGAAAAAGUUAUGAAACCUUUUUCAGAUCGAAACUCCAAAUGGAGCUCCAGCUUUUCAACCAACGAUUGAAGAGCUCAAAGAAAGUUUAGUCCAGCAAUCAACUACUUCUGAACCACUUGAAGAUGUUGAAGGACAAGAAUCUGAACUUAUCACAACUACACAAAUGUAAGGUUCACAAGGGGGAUUUUGUAGGCUGAAAAAAUGUUAUGUCUAAAAGUCAUUGCAUUAUUUUUCCUUGGAUCUUGACAAAAAACUUUGAAAUAGAAAUGUUGAUAUUUUUGUAGAAACUUUAAGAUUACUGUAGUAUAGAGAAUAUUGUUGAAUGUUCAAUGCACAUUGUCGUUUUCUUCCAGCCCAUUUGCUCGCCAAACAAUUGGUCCAAAUGGUGAAAUUCCAUUCGAUUUUAAUAUUGAUCCAGAUUUUCCGAAAUCCGCUCCAAUUGCACGAGGUUUAGUUGGAAUUCCGGAUGGAUGGAAUAUAAAUAAACAAAUAGAUGAGCAAUUCAAAAGAGGAUUCAGAUCAAAUAGAGCUUAA